AUGAGCUACCUAAAGGAGGAUCACUGGUAUUUGUGGUUGGGAGCAUCUGAUCCACUGCUUGAGUUAAAUAUAGCACUGUCUAGUGUAAGGAGAAGAUUUAAUGGGAAAUGGUUGGCAUUCCUUCUCUCCAAAGCACAGAGCGAGAGAGAGGGCGAGCACCAUGCACAUGCAAACAUACCGGGGAGUGAGAGAUUGAAAGGGGGGAAACCGGCAGGGCAGGCAGGCAGGCAGGCAGACAAGAGAUCCUAAAGACAGAUCAGCACCCUGCACAUUGGAAUUGUCCAGCUUGCAGCCAGCAUGCUCGUCCUCAGCCUCAUGGCAUUGGGAUUCUAUCUGCAGCUCCUUUUCUGCUUUGCUCUGUCUCAGACCUCCUUUGUUGACAGUGUCUUCUCCAUCUCUGCAGCCCUCCCUUGCUUGGAACAGAAGAAACGGAGUAAUAACAAUCGGGUUUGCUCUGUCCUUGUCCCUCCCCCUCCACCACCCCCUCCGUUACUUCCUCCACCAUAUUUCAAACAGGGAUGGAAUUCCGGUCCUCAAGGUAUUCCUGGUGUGAAGGGACCAAAAGGGGACAAAGGGGAAAUUGGCAGGCCAGGAAGAAAGGGCAGACCAGGACCUCCAGGUGUCCCUGGAAUGCCAGGACUUAUUGGAUGGCCUGGGCCAACAGGACCUCGGGGUGAAAAGGGAGAUUUAGGUUUGAUGGGCUUGCCAGGUACAAGAGGACCAAUGGGCUCCAAGGGACACCCUGGAAGUAGAGGAGAAAAGGGAGCUCACGGAGAGAAGGGUGACAAAGGCAGCAAAGGUGAUAAGGGAUAUGUAGGCUUCCCUGGAAUGCUGGGACAGAAGGGAGAAAUGGGUCCAAAGGGAGAGCCUGGUUUAUCGGGACACAGAGGACCUACUGGAAGACCAGGGAAACGAGGCAAACAAGGACAAAAAGGAGAUAUGGGACCUCCUGGAAUUGCAGGUCGACCUGGGAGGCCUGGUCCUCCAGGUCAACCUGGACCACCAGGAACAUCGGUAUCAGGACAACUAACCAUGGGGCCAAAAGGGGAAAGAGGGCUUCCUGGACCUCCAGGGAAAUGUCUCUGCAACUCCCAGCAAAAUGUGAAUAUCCCACCAUAUGAGGAACCACUGUUUGGACAACCUUAUUCAAAAGUCCCUGCAAUUUUUGUUGUAAAUAACCAGGAAGAACUAGAUAGGCUAAAUACUGACAAUGCCUUAGCAUUUCGAAGAGAUCAGAGAUCUUUGUAUUUCAAGGAUACUUUUGGAUGGCUUCCAAUCCAGUUUACACACUUCUAUGCUGUGGACUACCCUAUUCAAGAUGGCAGUACCUGUGGAGAUGGGAUCGUCCAAGAUGGGGAAGAGUGUGAUGAUGGCAAUUCCAUUGUGACUGAUGACUGUAUAAGAUGUCGUCAUGCUUACUGUGGAGAUGGCUACCGACAAGAAGGCGUAGAAGACUGUGAUGGGGAAGAUUUUGGAUAUUUAACAUGUAAAACAUAUCUUCCUGGGUCUUAUGGGAAAUUACGAUGUUCUUCUUAUUGCUAUAUUGACUCUACAGAGUGCCGAUAUUUUACAUGAAGUGUGAGCAGAGAUAGGUAAGCAUUUCCCUGUAGGACAUGCGUACAGUAGGUGCUAUGUUAUCAUCAACCAAGACCAGGCAAUAGAUAAAACAAUCUCUAGGAUGAAACAACCAGGGACGUGCUGUUGACGGUGGCUUGAGAUGCAUUUUCAAUGGACUCACACUGGAGGAAAAUAGGACCACUGAAUUCUGUCUUAGUAGAAACCUGUCAAACAACAUUCUCCAUUCAAGACUUAAAUUUUCACAUGGCUGCUGAUGGGAACUGCCAUAACAAGAGAAAAAACCAAACUGCAUUUUACUUCAAAAUGGUUACUUCAUAAGAACACAAUAAUACCUCAAUUUAGCACUGUUAGUCAUAAAAAUAAGCUCUUUGGGUUGUUGGUGUUUGUUUAACAAAAAAAAAGACUCUCCCAGUAUAAACACAAAGCAUACUCUGAUUGCAGUGUUUAUAAGGACUUUUUUGGUUUUUUCUAACAAUGUGAACUUUGUAUAUGCUUUAGCUGCUUGAAUUAUAUGUUCAGGUUUGUUAGUAGGGCCCCCCCCCUUGCGAACAUUGAUAUGGGGCAAUUUAGGUAUGUGGUUAAGCAGGGAAAACCAGGCAACAGAACUGAUCAACUUUAUUUACAGACUGAUUAUACAGAAGAAUAUGAGAAGUGUACAUAUACGAGAGGUGUAUACACACACACACACACACACACACGUACACAAAUUCCACAUGGCUAGCUCGGUAAUCUGCUGCAGCAAACUCAAUCGCAGCUCAAAGGCUAACAUAUUUAUUGAGGAUUUUGUAUGCUAGGAUCCACUCUGUCAGACAGACAAACUGUUACUUUUAUCUGCCUUCAUCAUAUAUCUGACAAAGUGGCUUAGGAAAACUUCUGCCACAAUGAAUUUGUUAGGCUUUAAGGUGCCUGAGAACUCUUGGAUUUCUGAAAAGAAAGCAUUCAAAAAGGAGUCGUACUUGCAUAUUAUCAAGGCCGACAAACUGUAUCAGCAAACAGGAAAGAUCUGAGCCUGCGUUGGAAGACUUAGGGCUGUCUAAACCUUCACCAGGAAGUGACCUGAAUGCCAUUGACUCUAUUUGGAAUAAAAUCUUUUGAGAACUGA